AAAAACAUCUGCAGCUGAUCCCACCGUUCUUUUUGUGCAGUUUUUUUUCUCCUCUUUGUUCAUUUAGAUUUUCAAAGAAACACCUGAGAUAGACCAGACCCUCUUCUGUUCCUUGUUCUCUCUCUUUAGUCUGACACCCUCUUUACUGCUCUAAAGGAGAUAAACCAAGCGUACGUUAAAAAAUAAAAAAUGGAGGACAGAAUGAAUGGAUUGGUGUGAAACAUUUUGGGUCAUAUGAAGUUCUCCACUUGGCAGCCUGCUGUCGUCCAGGAUGGAGCGUGUGUGGGAUUGUGCCUCCUCCGCUGGGAUGUUUAUGCUGGGGGUGCUCUCUGUGCUGUGGCCGGCGCCAAACCGCGUUUGGAGUUUUAACCUUUACGCAGAGCAUCCCACGGUUUACAGCGGACCCGACGGGAGUUAUUUCGGAUAUUCUGUUGACUUCUAUCAAGCAAGCACUGAGAGGAACACGAUUAGUGUGCUGGUGGGGGCUCCUAAAGCGAACACCUCCCAGCCGGGCAUCGUGGAGGCUGGAGCCGUCUAUUACUGCCCCUGGCCCGGACAGUCCGAUAGCUGCAGACAGAUUCCCUUUGAUAAUUCCAAUAACAGAAUGAUUAAGGUAAACGGCACCAGAGAACCUCUAGAGUUCAAGUCCCACCAGUGGUUUGGAGCAUCAGUCAGGACGCACAAAGGAAAAGUGGUGGCCUGUGCGCCUCUCUACCACUGGCGGACGGUAAAGAGAGACGGGGAGAAGGACCCCGUGGGAACCUGCUAUGUUGCUGUCCAGAACUUCAGCGCUUAUGCGGAGUACUCGCCCUGCAGAACAAAUGAUCCAGACCCAGAGGGACAGGGAUUCUGCCAGGCUGGUUUCAGUGUGGACUUCACUAAGGAGGGAAGGCUUGUACUAGGAGGACCUGGAAGCUUUUACUGGCAAGGUCAGGUGAUGACAGCGGGGAUAGCAGAGAUACUGAAUGGCUACUCUUUAAAGGCGGUCCUGAGACGAGUUCCAGGAGAGAAACAAACCGGAGCUGCUGAAGACACAAAUGACGACAGUUACCUCGGUUACUCUGUGGCAGUGGGAGAGUUUACAGGAGACUCAGAACAAGAGCUUAUCACUGGAGUCCCAAGAGGAGCACAAAACUUUGGAUAUGUAGCAAUGAUCAACUCCACUAAUCUCACCUUCAUCCAGAACUUCACAGGAGAACAGAUGGCCUCCUAUUUUGGCUACUCGGUGGCUGUCACUGACUUGAACGGCGACGACACGGAUGAUAUCCUGGUUGGAGCUCCCCUCUACAUGGAGAGGGAGAUGGAGAGCAAACCCAGAGAGGUGGGAAGGGUGUAUCUUUACCUGCAGCUGGCUCCGCUCAGGUUCUCUGAACCCAUUGUUCUCAGUGGUACCUACACUUUUGGACGUUUUGGGACCGCAAUAGCACCGCUGGGGGAUGUCAACCAGGAUGGAUAUAACGACGUGGCAGUGGGCUGUCCGUUCGGAGGCGAGGACCGCGGAGGCAGAGUGUUGAUCUUUAACGGUAAUAGAGACGCAUCCGCACGAGGCCUGACCCUGAGCCAGGAGCUGCGAGCCUCAAGGACGCCCGGCGGCGGCCUGCCAGGGUACGGCUUCACUCUGAGAGGAGGCCAGGACCUGGAUGGCAACGAGUAUCCUGAUCUGAUCGUAGGGGCGUUUGGCGCGGGAGAAGUCUCGGUCUACAGGUCUCGAGCUGUCGUGUCCGUGGAAGCUACGAUGAGCCUGACGCCCAGAAUCCUGAAUCCUGAUGACCGGCAGUGUCUCCUGCCUCAGACUAAUAACAUGGUUACCUGCCUGAAGGUGGAUGUGUGUGCAGCAGUAAGUGGAAUGGGGAUUCCCAGCAAUGUAGAUCUAAAAGCGGAGCUGCAUCUGGAUUGGCUGAAAGGCACGAGGGGCGGGGUUAAGAGAGUCCUCUUCUUAGACACCCAGCAGGCUCAGCACUCGGGGCUCGUCAGGCUCGGUCAAAGUCGCCCACGGGGAUGUCUGAGCUACCAGAUCUAUCUGAAGGAGGAGGACGAGUUCAGGGACAAGCUGACCCCCAUUGCACUGGCCCUGAACUACAGCCUGGCCCCACCUUCUAGUGACAAAACUCUCCCUCCCAUCCUCAACCAGUACAGCAGCACCUUCCUGCAGGAACAUGCUUACAUCCUGCUGGACUGCGGCGAUGACAACAUAUGCAUCCCUGACCUGCAGCUCUCCGCCAGCAUGGAUCGCUCAGAGCUGGUGAUUGGAGACGACAAUCUGAUCAUGCUGACCAUCACCGCAGCGAACCGCGGGGAGGGGGCCUACGAGAGCGAGCUGCACACGCUGAUACCACCAGAGGCCGACUACAUCGGAGUGGAGCGCAGGGUGGAGUCUCUCUCUCAGCUGAACUGCGAGUACAAGACAAUCAACGAGUCCAGAAUGGUGGUUUGUGACCUCGGGAACCCAAUGGUGACAGGAACGGAGCUGUCCGUUGGUUUGAGGUUUUCGGUCCAAAGGCUGGAAGACUCCGGACCGAAAAUCAGCUUUGAGCUACAGAUCCACAGCUCCAACAAGGACAACUCUGAAAGCAACAUGGUCAGUCUGAAUUUGACCGUCGCUGCUAAGGCUCAGCUUGAUUUGCGCGGGGUGUCUCAUCCCUCUCAGGUUGUGCUGCCGUUCCCAAACUGGGAACCCAAAAAGAAACCCGUUAAGGAGGAUGACGUUGGUCCGCAAGUAACACACAUAUAUGAGCUCCAUAACGCCGGUCCCAGUAGUAUUGGGCAGGCUGAGCUUCAGGUCGGCUGGCCUGCCCGUUUCCGUGAUGAGAACCUGCUGUACGCCAUGGAGAUUCAAACUGACGGCCCAAUUAGCUGCCGGACAAACAGCAGCCUCAACCCACAGGGCCUCCAGAUCUCCUCUCUGCAGGACACCCCAGAGCUGCUGGGUUUCCUGAGGAACACCACCGAUCCUCCUCACCGCCACAAACGAUCUGUCGGCACAGCUGAAAGUUAUAGCAGCAAGACCUUGAACUGCACCAACAUCUCCUGUCUAAGGAUCACGUGUGUGGUUGGUCGGUUGGAUCGAGGCCAGAGUGCUGUGCUUAAGAUCCGAUCGAGACUGUGGGCACAUACGUUUCUACAGCGGCGUAACGACCCAUACGUUCUCAACUCAACGGUAUCCUUCAUGGUCAUAUCUGUGCCUUAUCGCAUCCAGCCCCCUGCUUUGCCUCAACAUAGAAUAUCAAUGGGAACCCUCGUGCUGUGGGGGACUCCUGAUGUGUCGUUUGCUGUUCCGCUCUGGGUCAUCAUUCUGGCCAUACUGCUGGGUCUUCUGGUGCUGGCCAUGCUGACAUUAGCGAUGUGGAAGUGUGGUUUCUUCGAUCGAGCCCGGCUGCCAGCAGAUGACGAUGUCUCCGACCAGGAGAAGCUAACGUCUGAUCAAACUGGGGAUGCCUGAAGAAGACGAACGACGGCACUUGAUUAAAAGCUUGUGGUUUAGGAGGAAGCUGCACCUUCUGAAUGACCUAAUUCAGAUCUGAGAUCUGUAAUAUCUGGAAGCUCCAGUCUCCCUGUUUUGGAAGCCUUCUACCUUCAUUUGUUUUAAAGAAACUGAGUAAAAACAAAAAAAAAAAGCUGCAGUGCCGCAAACUCUGUGACCAGAACAAGUGAGGUCACAGCACACAAAGUGGGGGCAAAACAACACACAAGUCAGGCUAAAUUACCCACACAUGUCAAUUGUUUAUACGUUGCAAUGAAGCACCACAACUGAAGGCCGAGUGGAUUAUGUCGAGAAGACAAAACUUCUUGUUUUUGUGCAGCACGAAGACAACUGAGCUCUGUAGUGUGCACAAGUGCAUUUAAUGAGUUUCAGUGAGUGUGUAUGGAUUCCUGCAAAUCUGUGUGUAAGAAGUGCAGCUUAUGAACUUAAUUUCUCCCCGUUUCCUUCAAACCAAGCCGAAUACCUUGCAGUUUACAUUUACGUUCACUAAACACGCUACCACAUGCAUAGGGUUUAAAAAAGGGGCACAAAAUGUCAAAGUGUAUAUUUAUAAAUGUACGUGCAAUAUUUGGGCGUUGUGUGAUUCUGAAGCUUGUUGUUACACUGGCACUACUUUUUUUUUAGAGCUUCAUGUCUUCAUUGUAUGUGUAUAUACUGUAAGAUUGGUUGGUCGUUGUGUUAGAUAAGUAUUAUUUCUAAAAGCAACGCAUUUUUAGACAAGUACCAACAUGAUGAAACUGUUACAAAAUAAAUAACUUAUUGUCUUGUUGCA